CGUGUGCGCCGCUGCCACAGGACCUAAACGCGGCAGGGUUCACGGAGGGCUCAGGGCUCAGGGCUCGCCCCCAGGGAUACACAGCCCACCAGUCCUCCUGCCAUCGCUCAACCUAACACACACCUGCCAACAUGCGCUUCGGCCGCAAUCUCUACCAGAACCGCAUUCCGGAGUGGGCUCCAUUCUAUAUCGAUUACUAUGGCUUAAAGAGACGCAUCAAGUUGGCCACCGAGCAUGCCCUUGCUGACCAUCAGGCUGAGGUUGACUUGGCAGCCUUUUCCGUCGCCUUGAAGCACGAGGUUCAGAAGGUCCAGACUUUCUACACUAAGCAGCAUCACCGUCUUCGUCUAAACUAUCAGGGCGUUGUGCGCCUGUAUGAGAAGGACGGAGCCAUUGUCCCGGGAGAGCUCAAUCGCCCUGAGCAAAUAUUUGUUUUGGGCUCUUGUCUUGAGUACAGUCGGGACCUGAGACGACUUAGAUGGUACGCCGGGGUCAACAGCGAUGCUUUGGAAGCUCUGUCCCGCAAGUUGGACGUCAUUGCGUCUAAAACGGGUUACGCAAGGCUCAACACUGCAGCCUAUGAAUUCGUCAGCCAGCUGGAGACCCUUCGCGAAAUGGAGGAGAUCGAUGCUAUUGUUCUGAAGCUCCAGUCAACUGCUUGUGGCGCCAAGGACCCGUCGUUCCUUCUCCGCCAGAUAAGCGCCCAAUUAUCCAUACAUGUUGACGAGCGGUUGAGAGAUGCCUUAGUGACAGACAACGCCAAGGACCUCGUGGAAUUUUUGCAUUCAUCUGACUUGCCUUCACUUUUUAAACAAACCUUGCUGUAUGAAGCGAUACUGCAACAGUCAAGAGAAUGUGCUCUGCAAAUCCUUCAAUGGAUAGGUUCCAAUCUGCAAGAUGUCGCCAUGGGGACACAUCGCAAUUGUAUCCAUACUCUGGUUAUAAUGGCUUGUCAUCAACAUGGUCUAACUUCUCAUGGCGGCAAUCGUGAACGCUACCGAGCACUCAUGGAUGGAUAUAUGGGCGAAUAUGACGAUAGUAGUUCCAUGCUUUCCUUCAUGCUCAAUAGCCUCGACAAUGAGCAACGGUUAGCGAUCGUCCAAAAGGAUUACCGUGGGCGGAUUCCUUUACAUUACGCCGCCGAAGCCGGGCACCCCCGCAUCGCCCAAGCCCUUCUUCAUUCAAUGGACAAGUGGGACCUUUUGCGACCUCAGCUCCCAUUUGAUCUUUUCAGGCAUUCCUUUUUCGACAAUGGCCACCACUCCGCCCUUCAUCUGAGCAUUAUGAAUGGUCACGCAGAGACAACGCGAGCGCUGCUUGCAUCGGCCGAAUCUAUCGAGCGCGGGCAGCCCGAAAGGGAAGCCCUCGGUGAUAUGCUAGCAGAUCUCCUACAUACAGCUCUGUUAUCUCAUUUCACGGAGAUAGUUGAAGCCUUGCUAGACACAGGGCUUGUCAAUCUGAAUUACGUUCAGCCAAACGGAGAGACAGCCCUGUUCAUCGCAUCGCGCGCGGGCUCCGUAGAAUAUAUCAAUAUGCUCGUCCAGAAUCGCUCUCACCAAGCAGUAAAUCCUAAUGUGGCUGAAAAGUCUUAUGGUUGGACGCCCCUUAUAGUGGCUUGCGUUUUGGGGCAUAAGGCAGCAGUAGAAGCCCUCCUUAACAUAGAAGUAGACGAGAACCAUUCGGAUGCAUUUGGGUGGACAGCACUGGAUCACGUCGCUUUUCGGGGAUUCUGGCCGAUCUCCAACUUGCUGCAGCCGGCUACCUCGGGUUGGCCCCGGCGGGUACCAAAACUCCUGUUACCGAAGACGAAUGCGCUUCCUCCCUGUGCCCCGAGUACCAGUCGUGUUUUUGUUAAUCUUGGGGCACUGAACGCCAGGAAACCUCGGCCAGCCAUUGAUCUCUCGCCGUACCUCCUGAGAUAUCCCUUCAAUCCUUAUCCCGAAACCCGGUUUUCGGUUAGGGUCUGCGGUUUAGGAAUGGACGGACAUGGCGGUUCCAUGCAUCUACCUAUUCUGGAUGACAAGACGAAUUAUCCCUUUGUUUUUCAAACUGAUGAUGUCCGGAACGCGAAGCUUGUGUUCAAAAUUUACCGUCGAUCUUCAGCGUCACCGAAUGCAGAUAUUCAUAUUGGGACCGCGGUUGGCCUCUUGGAAGAGCUUGGCAACUCACUUGGUCCAGGAAGGGAAAGCCUGUUCCGAGAUCAUCAGAUCCCUAUUAUAGGAUCCGAGGCUGGAGAAUUCAUUGGGACAUUAACUAUGAACUUUCUAUUAGUGAAGCCGUUCCCCGAUCCGCGCAUGCCCCCAAGCUCCAAGGGACACCAAUGUAUUCGGAACUCAAAUAGAAAGAUCACACUCAUCGGACAUAGAGGGUUGGGUAUGAACUCCCCAGCCUUCAAGCGUAUUCAAAUAGGGGAGAACACCAUUCAGUCUUUCCAGUCUACCAUCGAUUUAGGCGUAUCAUAUGUUGAGGUAGACGUGCAACUAACCCGAGACCAUGUUCCUGUCAUAUAUCAUGAUUUUUUUAUAAGUGAAAGCGGAGCUGACAUAGCUCCACACAAUCUUAGCUUUGAUCAGUUUAUGUGCAUUAGUGACAUGCAGAAGCCAUCAAAUGGAGCAAAACCUCCAUAUAGGAUUGGAGCUGGGGCUCAAGACGUUGAAGCGGACGAAGCUCUACCUCCAUCUGCUCUGCGUCAGCGCUCGCAAUCCUUCGGCACCAUCGAGGACUGCCGUACUCGAGACUUCUUGGCGCGUAUCAAGCACACACAUGAGUUCAAGGUCAAAGGAUUUAAAGGCAACAUUCGCGGAGCACAUAUCCACGAUUCAUUCACUACGCUAGAGGAGUUGCUGCGGAACCUUCCUGAAACAGUUGCAUUUGACAUAGAACUAAAGUACCCCAUGCUUUGGGAGGCUGAAGACUGGAAGAUGGACCUCUACGGCGUGGAAUUCAACCUCUACAUUGACACCAUCCUGGAUCUGAUCUACAAAUACGGUGGCAACCGCUCCAUUCUCUUCACGUCAUUCAGUCCCGAGCUCUGCAUUCUAGCCGCACAUAAACAAGAUACGUAUCCAGUCAUGUUCCUCAACGAGUCGAACUUGUUUCCAACCGGAGACGUGCGCGCAAGCAAUCUCCAAGAAGCAAUUCAAUUCGCACGCCAUUGGAAUCUUCCUGGCGUAGUCAUGUCUUCGGAGCCAUUCGUCACAAGUCCGAAACUCGUCCAAUUUGUGAAGGACGCUGGGUUGAUUUGCUGGUCCUUCGGGGCGUUGAACAAUGAUCCGGAGAAUGCUAGGGCUCAAGCUGCCGCCGGUCUCGAUGCUAUCAUUGUGGAUAGUGUCGCAUUGAUCAACCACAGCUUUAAAGAUGAAUUGAAUACAGCGAAAAAGGAGGAGAAGAAAGCUUGAGACGUUCGAGGUCUUGUCUGCUAGUUCACAACAUAUCGCGAGACAUUCCACAACGUUACAGCUCGGUUAAACGGCCUGGCACUGUUCAUAGAGCCAGGACUGGAUAUUUUCUCCGGACUCCAACCUGCUGCCCCUUUGUUUCCAUUUCCCCCAAACGACUACAUACGCGGUAUAGAACCGCUGGGGAGGAGAAAACCGAAGCACUCAUGUAAGGUAGCUAGGGCAAGUUCAUGUCCGGACGGUUUGUACACUUCGUCACAAACGAUUUUGAUUUUUCACGCAGAACGACACCCGGCCCUCCAACUAUGUCGGUGACACACCAGAUCGUCGCUCUGAAACGCAUUCGUGAGCUUUAACGAUCCACACUCAUGCUAUCGCAUUAUAAACCCUUCCUUGGUGCGGAAGAAAUAUUACCUACCUCUACUCCGCGCUGCCAACUCAUAAUUCAGAAGCCUUCGUGUCGCCUACGG